AUGGCUAAAGGGAAAGGAAAGCGUUCUUCGGACGCAAAUGAGACUGCCGGAGCUGCUGCUCCAGCGCCUGCUACCGACACAACCGUCAUGCCCGACGAAAGCGCCUUUGCGGGCCUACGACAGAAAAUCGAACAGCGAUUGAAGAACCAGAACCAGAAUUCUGGCAAGGGAAAGAAGGACAACAAGUCCCCUGCGCCUGCGAAGGAAGCCCCCACCAAGAAAGAAAAGCAAUCGCCCGCUAAACCCAGCCGACCCCAAGACUCAGCCCAGGGCAAGAAGCGGGAUCGUAACGGCGAGGUAAUUGCUCGGGAUGAGAAGAAGGGUGGAAAGGACAGGCACGAAAAGUCAAAGGGCUCAAAGAAGAGCAAUGGCGAUGAAACGUUGCGCCAGGAGAUCCUUGCCAUGGGAGGCACAGAGGAAGAUCUUGAUCUUCUUGCCGGUGUCGACUCAGAAUCCGAGGUUGAAGGCGAAGCAGCCCAGGGCGACGAUGAUCUCCGAAAACAGCUUGCAAGCAUGCUCGAGGCGGCUGGCCAAGUUGUGCCCGAAGACCUCGAUGAUGAUGAAGUGGAAGAUCUUGAAGAACAACCCGAAGAGAGUGAAGAUGAGGCCGAGAUCGAGGACAGUGAGGACAACGCGGAGAGCAGUGGCCCGGAAUCGGAUAUUGAAGAGGCACCUACCCCCAAGACCAAAACAGCUGAGCUUGCUGUGCCCAAGGAGUAUGAAAAGCUGAAUGUGCUCCCUCGCUCCGAUUGGUACAAUAUCCCAAUGCCCACCGUUGGAAACACGAAACAAAUGAAUGCGCUGCCCCGUCACCUAAUUGACCGCGUCCAUGAGUUGGCCAACAACCUACUACAGGAAGAAAAUGAGGAUUAUGCGGUAGCCCAAAGAACAUCUGCUUCCUCGUCGCACAAGUUCUACUCGACAAUCAUGACCUCCGGUACCCUGAGUGAUAAGAUUUCAGCCUUGACUUUGAACGUCCAGGAGUCACCUCUUCACAACACCAAGGCACUGGAAACUUUGAUUGGCCUCGGAAAGAAGCGCAGUCGUGCACAGGCGGUCGAGGUCCUGCGAUCCUUGAAGGAUAUGUUUGCUCAGGGUACUCUUUUGCCGAGUGACCGACGACUAAGGGCUUUCGCCAACCAGCCUGGGCUUGUUGCGGCAUUCCAAGGUGCCGGUGGUCGAUGGAACGAGAAAGACCCUCUUCCUGGCGGCUUGCAGAAGAGCCAGCUGAUCGUUUGGGCCUUUGAAAACAUUGUGAAGGAUCAAUUCUUCGAGGUUUUGAAGAUUUUGGAGAUUUGGUGCAAUGACGAAAUCGAAUUUUCCCGAUCUCGGGCCGUCAGUUAUGUUUACGAACUUCUCAAGGAGAAGCCCGAGCAGGAGACCAACCUUUUGCGACUGUUGGUCAACAAGCUCGGUGACCCAGGCAAGAAGAUUGCAUCUCGGGCAUCCUACCUCCUUCUGCAGCUCAUGCAGUCGCACCCUAUGAUGAAGCCCAUUAUCAUCAAGUCGGUGGAAGAGGUGUUGUUCCGCCCUGGGCAGAGUUCGCACACCAAGUACUACGCCAUCAUCACUCUGAACCAAACUAUUUUGAGACAGAAGGAAGAGAAAGUGGCUGCACAGUUGCUGGACAUUUACUUUGGUAUGUUCCUCGUCCUUCUGAAGCCAUCUACCGGUAAGCCAGCGCCCCAAAGCAAACGCGGCAAACCUGGCAAGGGCCAUAAAGGCAAGGGCGACGAUGAGGCGAAGGGACAAGCCCAAGAUGAGGAAAUGCGGGAGAAGUUGAUCUCUGGAGUCUUGACCGGUGUCAACCGCGCAUAUCCCUUUACUGACUCUGACUCCGAACGCAUGUCAAAGCACCUUGACACCCUCUUCCGUAUUACGCACUCGUCAAACUUCAACACCAGCAUCCAAGCCCUUAUGCUUAUUCAACAACUCACAGUGGCCAACAAGGUCUCUGGUGAUCGUUUCUACCGCACUCUGUAUGAAUCUCUGCUCGAUCCGCGUGUUGCUACUUCGUCAAAGCAAUCUCUUUACCUCAACCUUCUCUACAAAUCUUUGAAGAACGAUCUCAACGUCCGACGAGUCAAGGCAUUUGUCAAACGUCUUGUGCAGGUCCUGGGUAUGCACCAGCCGUCGUUCAUUUGCGGUAUCUUCUACAUGAUUCGCGAGCUUGAGAAGACCUUCACGGGUCUUACCGCUCUAGUUGACCAGCCAGAGGAUCUCGAUGACGACGACGAAGAGAUCUUCCGCGAUGUUCCCGACGAGGAUGACGAGCAACCGGAGGAGACCCCAGUUGUCGAAACCAAGCCCAAGCAGACGAACGCAUACGAACCCCGCAAGCGAGACCCUGAACACAGCAACGCUGACAGAAGCUGUCUCUGGGAAUUGCUUCCCUUCACCAACCACUUCCAUCCUUCCGUUUCUCUCAAUGCCACCAACCUGCUCGAGCACAAGCCCAUGAGCGGCAAGCCAGAUCUCACACUGCAUACCCUUACUCACUUCCUCGAUCGCUUUGUUUACCGCACGCCCAAGGCCAGUGCAGGUGCCCGUGGAGGUUCUCUCAUGCAGCCUCUUGCUGGUGGAGACACUGUGGAUCGACUGGUAGAGGCCGGUAAGAAGGCUCAGAACCAGCUGCCGCUGAAUACCGACGCCUUUUGGAAGAAGAAGGCCGAGGAUGUCGCGGCCGAGGAUGUCUUCUUCCACGAAUACUUCACUCGCGUCAACAGGGACAAGGAGAAGUCACGUGGCAAGAAGGACAAGGAGACUGACCCCGCGGACCGUGACGAGGAAGGCCUCAGCGACAACGAGGAUGAGAUUUGGAAGGCGCUUGUCGAUUCCCGCCCCGAGCUGGAAGCCGAUGAGAGUGAUGACGACCUGGACAUGUCCGACUUGGAGUCUGCGUUUGACGACGAAGAGGGCGAGGGCGAAGGCGAUGAGGAGUCCGACGGCGGUGUCAUCUUCAACGAUGAGUCCGACAUUCCUUCUGACGAAGAUGAGGAGAUGGCCGACUUCGGCGAACCCGAAGACGCCGCUCCCGCUCCGACGAAGAAGGCUGCCAAGAAACCCUCCAAGGAAGACGAGGAAGAUUCCGAUGACUUCGACAUGGAUGUCUCAGACGACGAGGCCUUCUACGACAGCGACGAGGAUCUCCCCUCGGAUGUCGAGCUUGGCGGUGCGGCGCUCGCAGAACCCGAGACCCCUGCUCCAGAAGAGUCGAACAGCAAGAAACGUCGCAAGCUCAAGCAGCUGCCUACUUUCGCCUCGGCGGACGAUUAUGCGGCGCUCCUGGCGGACGACGACGACGGAAUGUAA